UGGCAUGCGGGACGGCUACAUCUACUGCCGACACCACUAUGAGCUGCUGCUGACGGGCGAGUACGCCGGGGCCGGGCCCGUGCCCGACUUUGUGCAGUUCUCACCCACCGAGCAGAUACCCUACAUCCCGCCCGUGGCGGUUGGUCAGAAGGGCCGUCCGCGCAAGAGGAAGAGCCAGCACGAGGACAUGAGCUCGCUCGGCAUGGGCCCCGGCCUGCACGAGUACCCCUCUGACCUGGACCACAUGGGCUACGAGUCUCCGGGGCCGCACAGUCAGCGCAGUAAGCGGAUGCGCACCAGCUUCAAGCACCACCAGCUGCGCACCAUGAAGAGCUACUUCGCGCUCAACCAGAACCCUGACGCCAAGGACCUGAAGCAGCUGGCGCAGAAGACGGGCCUCUCCAAACGGGUCCUACAGGUGUGGUUCCAGAACGCGCGCGCCAAGUGGCGGCGGACGGUGCUACGUCAGGAGAAGUCCGGCGAGUCCAAGGACGGUCUACAGUCGCUGCACGGCGACACGGGCUCAGGACCGGGCUCUGCGGGCGGCCCCGGCCCCGGCGCUGGGCCCGGCACCACCCUCGACGCCGCCACCGUCGGCUCCGCCAUGGGCUAUGGAGACAUGUACGCGUGAUGAGCCGGGACCUGGGUCGGACAGCAAUCCCCGCUCCGUGUUCGGGUGCCGGUGGGUACCUACUCUGUGUCCGCUGAACGUAUCAUACUCGGUACUAUGGUGUAUGUGUCAGGAGUGGUCCACGGAUGCCACUCGAUGGACAAAUUGGGUGUUAUGUUAUAUCUGCGAAGUUGUUUUUCUUGCGUCUCGAAGCUCUUCGAUGGCCUUCUGAUCUCUACAGGCGCUUCUGUCAAAUCCCUAAUAGUCACUGUCUGCGUUUUAUUUUCUAAGGUCCUGGUAGUCUUUUGGUAUCCUACAGUUUCCCUCAAACAUUGAGUAUUCUACUCGAUAUCGGCUAACCACCCCUGGCAGGGAUAUUUAUUUAUUGACGUAGGAUUUCUGCCUUGAGUGGCGUCAUUCCUCAAUCUUCCCUGUCUCAAAGUAUAUCCUCGCGACGCCCCCUAAACACCUUGUCGUUGGACUCGUGUGACGUCAUAUGUACGGCGGUGACGUGGAGUAUCCGUUGAUGAUGUCACUCAGUGUGGGCGUGUCGCGGGGCCGUCGGAGUCGACGGACCGACGGCGGGGGCUCGGCGGGCCGGCCGGCGGGCGGCCGUCGGUGCGCCUGACCGUUCGUACUCCUCAUGUUGAGGCGGCCCGCCGGUCGGCCCGGGCGCGGGGGCGUCUCCGUCAGUGUAUGAUAUUGUUGACGGGCGCGGGCCGGCCUAGCUCCGGCGGGGGCCACUGGUCUAACCUCCGGCGCGCGGUGACGGCCGCCAGUCACCGAGAAACUACCUUGUUACGUGCAUCAGUGUAUUCGUGUUUUGUCAUUUGGACCGACGCCUCGCUCGCGCCGCCGAUCGCUGUAAUGUAUGCAUGUUUGUAUGUAAUACAACUUGUGAUAUUAGAUGGCA